AUGGCCAUGGACUCGAUUCUAAACUCGUCCUUGGAAGAAAUCUGUUUGGAAGGCCGAAACGGUCUCCCUCUCAUAUCCCUCUGUUCCAGGCUCCAGCCCUCUCUUUCCUCCUUCAAUCUCGACGUCUCUGAUCGGGGCCUCAAGCAAGCCUUAUGGGCGGGGCUUCGCUCUGUCCCCACCCUCAAAUUCCAGAGCCAGAAUCAGAAGGUCCAGUACAGCCCAACCGACCCUUUGAUCCAGUCCGUCCAAGACGCCGAGAAGCUCAACCUGAAGCUGGUAGCCGACCAGCGGCUCAUGAACAACUUCUUGGGCCUCUACAUUGCCCACUCUUCCAUUGACAACAUGUGCCAGUAUCAACGCCAAACACUCGAAAGAGUUGCCGGUGCUAGAACGGAUGGAAUUACACAAAGUCAACUUUCUAAGGAACUUGGCAUUCAAGGUGAAAACUACUAUUACAAAGUGAGGAACCUUGAAUGUCAAGGUUUAAUUGUGAAGCGACCUGCACUGGAGAGGAAAAAGAAUGCUGGUGAUGAAGGGCAAUCAAGCAACAAUUUGAGUCGAAUUUAA